CCGAGGUGAGGUAGCCAGGCUCACCACAGCCCGGCACCACCCCACUCACUCACUCUGUGCCGCCCACCACACAAACCACCCACCCCCUACCCACCACCCCACUCACUCCCACCGCCCACCUCCUGCAAGCCAGCACGCCCGCGGCCUAGUGUUCCUCGGGGCCGCCCACGCCGCCCAUGACCCGCUGGUGUGGUGGACGCACUCCGGCCCCCCGCCGCCCCCGCCACCGCCACCCUGGCCCCCAACAGUAUUGUCGGUAACUAUGCGCUGUGCGUCAAGGGCGGGCCGGGGUUAUGGUGUGUCGCCACUGUUUGCGACCCGCCUGGCGAAUUGCCCCUUUUGUUAUACUUCUUCCACAUCUCCUGCUUUCCCUAGUCCUCGCCACCACCCACAGGCCGCCCUCUAACACGCCCACACUACCCUACACGCCCACGCCGCCACCCACCACCCACCUACACACCCACAACAACUUCCACCAACUACUACCCGAGAGGACGGGGCAGUGUGCGGCAGUGGCUCCCUUAGAUGCUACCAGCUCCGACAACCUAACGCCCGAGAAAUUAGAAGGAGAGUGCCAAACCUGCGGUGUAAACGAGGGGCACUGUGACCGGCGGGGCAAAACGUGCCCGACGUUUUCCGAGGUCUUGUGCUCCAAGGAGGAACGCCGGGAGGAAACCAUCCGUCGAGUCACGCUGCGCUACUGUCCGCACAUGACGUUGCGCUCCGUGAUGUGCGACCAGCAGGUGGAAAGUGUCACCAACACGUCACAACCAGGGUGUUCGACAGUGGCUAGACACUUACAGGAGAUGGAUAACUUGGUGGGCCGUGUCUUGCACCAACACCAGGCACUUAUAUCCAAGUAUAACUGUGACCAUCCUUACUCCAUUACUCAGACCUGCUCUGCUUGUAAGGUAAGAUCACACACCUCUCUCACUCUUUCUAGUAUAACUCUAUGAAGUGUUUUUCUGGCACAUCUCUAGGGCACAGUCCAGUCUCCAACACAACUCUAGGACACAGUCCAGCUCUCCAACACAGCUCAAGGGCACAGUCCAGCACUCCAACACAACUCUAGGACACAGUCCAGCACUCCAACACAACUCUAGGACACAGUCCAACUCUCCAACACAACUCUAGGACACAGUCCAGCACUCCAACACAACUCUAGGACACAGUCCAACUCUCCAACACAACUCUAGGACACAGUCCAGCUCUCCAACACAACUCUAGGACACACUCCAGCUCUCCAACACAACUCAAGGGCACAGUCCAGCUCUCCAUCACAACUCUAGGACACAUUCCGGCUCUCCGCCACAACUCUAUAGCACAGUUUAGUUCUCCAACACAACUCUACGACACAGUCCAGCUCACCAACACAACUCAAGGGCACAGUCCAGCUCUCCAGCAGAACUCUAGGACACACUCCAGCUCACCAACACAACUCUGGUACACAGUCCAGUUCUCCAACACAACUCUAGUACACAGUCCAGCUCUCCAUCACAACUCUAGGACACAGUCCAGCUCUCAAGCACAACUCUAUGGCACGGUCCAGCUCUCUAUCACAACUCUAGGACACAGUCCAACUCUCCAACACAAUUAUAGGGCA